UGGCAUGCGCCCGCCCCACCUCCAUGACGCCCAAGAGGAAGGUCAGCUCCGCCGAGGGGGCGGCGAAGGAGGAGCCCAAGAGGAGAUCGGCGAGGUUGUCAGCUAAACCAGCUCCUGCAAAAGUGGAAACGAAGCCAAAAAAGGCGGCAGGAAUGGAUAAAUCUUCUGACAAAAAAGUGCAAACAAAAGGGAAAAGGGGAGCAAAGGGAAAAUAGGCUGAAGUGGCUAAUCAAGAGACUAAAGAAGACUUACCUGCAGAAAAUGGAGAGACUAAAAAUGAGGAGAGCCCAGCUUCUGAUGAAGCAGGAGAGAAAGAAGCCAGGUCUGAUUAAUAUCACACACCUGGUCCUUUCAGUGGUCCCUGUUUCCCUUCUCGUACAAUCCAGAGGAAUAUUUUAUCAACUAUUUUGUAAAUGCAAGU